AUGAAUAAAAGGUAUAAGCAGAAGGAGAUCAAGCUUCUUUCACAACAUAAUAAGACUUCCUUAGCAGGUGUAAUUGAAACAAGAGUUAAAGAGGUUAAUAUCAAAGCUACUUUAAAAGUAAUAGCUCCAGGAUGGAGGAUCAUGCAUAAUUAUAAGGAGGCUGCAAAUGGUAGAAUUUGGAUAAUAUGGGAUGAUAGUUGGUAUGAUAUCAAGUUAAUAAAUAGCUCAGCUCAAAUGAUCCAUUGUCAUAUAAAUGAAAGAAGCAAAGGAUAUCAAUUUAAUCUCACAGUGGUAUAUGGUUUUAAUACUUUAGAACAGAGAAAAAGCAUAUGGAAUGAUUUGAAGAUGUUGGGUCAAAGUGUCUCAUAUCCUUGGCUCAUCAUAGGAGAUUUUAAUGCUAUUUUAUCUCCUAAAGAUAGAUUAGUUGGGGCUCCUGUUACUUUGAAUGAGAUAAAGGAUUUUGAAGAAUGUGUUAAAGACAUGGGCAUCACUGAAGUGCAAUGGAAAGGCAACUAUUAUACUUGGACCAAUAAACCAAUAGGUAAUACAAGAAUUGCUAGUAGAAUUGAUAGAGCCUUUGGGAAUGAUACUUGGAUGGAUAAAUGGGGUCAUGCUGCUAUAGAAUAUGGGAAUCCAGGUGUGUCUGAUCAUAGCCCUAUGCAUUUGCUUCUUCAUCAAAGUAAUCAUCAGAGCAGAAAUGGAAGUGAAGUAAUGAAGGAGAUACGGUAUAAAUUAAAGGCACUCCAGCCAGCCUUGAGACAAUUGAAUAGGAGAGAGUUCCAAUAUAUAGGCCAAAAGAUUGAGAAGACAAGAAGUGAGUUGGUAGAACUUAAAGAUCAGCUUUAUAACCAGGCAAGUGAUGAGCUAGUUAAUAAAGAGAAGGAGGUACUGAUAAAGCUGGAAAAGUGGUCAAUGAUAGAGGAAAGUGCUCUAAGACAAAAAGCAAGAGCAAGAUGA